AUGGCUGCUAAUCCCUUUCUCAUCUCUGGUGUCGCUACCCUUUUUUCCCUGGUCGCCCCUGCGCACGCGCUUUCUGGGCCAGAUGACUGGAAUGAUUUCUCCAACAACUUCGCCACCGACCUCGCUCCCAUUCUCGUCCUGUUUGGCGAGCAGGCCUCUAAACAAUUCCUCAGCGAGUCCACCAGCAUUUGGGACAGCAUAAUUUUUGGUAUUGCGCCCAUUGGAGUUAUCACCGCCGUCGUCUCGGUAAUUCGCCUUUACGGAAGCUCGUCGCUUAAAGCCUUGAUCGGCAGAGCCCAAGAAGCCCACGGUGUCGCUGAAGCCGAACUCUGCUCCUCCACAAGCGAUGAUGUCUGUGAGCUUUGGUCCAACGGUGGCAUCUGCCGUGUCUUCGGCCGCCCGCUCAUCCUCGAAUUUUUCCGCGUCACGCCGGGGCCGAACGACUUUUACCAUCGUUUCGAAAGCGGAACAGUGGACACGAGAAGGCCACCGUCAUGCGGCUUGUAUUUGCCAAAGACUCUUUUAUGUGCCAAUGGGUACAAUAUUACGGACUGGGUGGAAAUUGGGGCUGCGGAGGCUGGGGGGGUCCGUGAUUUCGCACCGCAUCCUAACUUGAGCUUGAAUAUUGGUAUUAAGCCUCUGCCUCGCCAGCUCCUUCGCAUUAUCGCUGCGCUGGGGACUCUCCUUCAACUCAGCUUCUUUGCCUACGCGACCUGGGUCACUUUCUACUACCCCGAACUGUAUGAGGAGGAUGGCUUGCCGGGCUUAUGGUCCUUCUGCCUCACCACUGUCGGGAUGACCCUGUUGGUCAUUGGCAUGAUUUGCUGCGCUAUCCUGGUCGACGGCAGGUCGGCCGAGCGGCAAUUUCGAUUUCUCAACAACGCCAACAAGGCGUAUCCACCGUAUCAGUCCAAACCCAACAAUAACAUAACCAUGUUCUGGCUUCAGCCUGGCAAUCAACGCGCCGCAGUGGAUUCGCCGCGGCGACCGGGAGCAUCGCGACUCGCUCGACCCGGAUUCGGGCUCGGGGUAGCCAUCGGUAGUUCAUGCUGCGGUUUCGUUUGCCAGUUCGUCGGCCUCAGAGGUUUGCAUGGGUCCGUUGCGCUGUAUCAACUAGCCGUCACCCUGUGCAUGGCCAUCGUUCGCGCCCUCCUCCGGUCCCGACGUCUCGGUGCGGACCAGAACAAGCUCAAGCUGAGAAGGGAUCUUGAUGGCCAUGAAUUGGAUUGGCAAGCCUCAAACAUUGAGAGAGAGAGGCCGAUGAUGAGUUUAAAGGCAAGCGGGUGGUUUAUCGACGAUCUCCCGUCACCACUGAAGAGCCCAAACGACUCCCGGCGGAACCCUGGUCUACACUCGCAUGACUACGGUGUCAAUGUGGCGCCGGGAACCCGCGGGCUCGCCGGGUUCUAUGCGCAACAGCAAAGGAACUUCGAAAAUCCGUACAGUGUCAUAACGGCCGUGUCUUGGGUCAAGCUGAACGAAUGGAAAGACCCUCAACCAAACGAAGCAGCCAGAAUUUUACAUUACAGAGCCUCGCUAUCCUAUAUGACCGGCGGCAUGAUUCAGGCCGAAGAGGAAAAAUGGAACACGAAAAUCCGAGAGGUGGCGAGACGGCUAAAAAAUGCACUACAAGAAGCGGCGAAGCACGUCUUUUCGGAUAUGGCCCUGCUCAAGGGGUGGAAAGAAUCCACCAGCUUGGUGUGGUCCACCACUUGCCGCUUACACGAGCCGUUCACCAUGUCUGCCGAUGAGAAUUCGACGGCGCGGCCAGAGAGCCUGCCCAUUCACUUUUCCAUGCACCACGUCAUGGGGCGUUGGGAGAUCAGUGAAUGCCAACUCGAGGCUGCAUUGAGCCUCUGGCUAUGGUCCAUCCGUCACCUGGGUGCCCUGGACCGCAUAUCUAGGAGAAAAGCAUUCAUGGCGGAGCGGCGCGAAAGGCGGGACGACUUGGUCUCAGCUAUUCGUCUCUGGGCUACCCAGACGCACGGGAUAGACACAGAUCCCGUGAAACUUGCUCAGCUUGCUUCCGAGAACCGUGCAUCCAUGCUGGACAGCCAGAUGCCCUACGAGUUUCUGACUACACUUUCUGUGCCCCUCAUGAUGGCGACUAGGCCUGACCCAUGGAAUUUCGAAGUGUUGGACGGCCUUAUCUCCCAGGAUAUUUUUGCCAUAUUCAUCAGCAGAAUCGCCGACAUCAUGCAUCCUCUUAUCGGUGCUGAGUCGUGGACGCGGCGGAGACAAAUCUCGGCUUCUGGCGGGGAAGGCGUUACGGAAGACCAGUUGUACCUUGGCCUCACAAACACCCAUGUUGGGGUUCUUGCCAACACCGUGGUGUCGUCUGGUAUCGGCUCUAGAGAAGAUGCGCUUAUGACGUUACCGACGACAAGUGAAGUUAUGCGCUCGCUUUUGCGCGAGGCCAAGGGCCUGAGACGCAAAAAUCAGUUGAUUGAAGCCGAGAAUCUCUUGCGGUGGCUGAUGGACAAUGUACCACGCGAACUGCAGGAACGAGCACGCUUUGGCACCGUCGGAUUUGAGGCCAUGUCGGCCAUGGAAACCCUGUCAGAGGGUUGGCGGAUAUUUGAUGAGUCUAAGCGCGCCAUCUCGGACUACGUGACCGCCUGGGGUCUUUCCAGACGCGCCAAAGCCAAGCGGGACGACGCUGGGGCGAUAGUCGACACAGGAUGGGCUAUUUCCACCAAGUGUCCUGAGCUGAUCGAGGAUAUGUGGAGCUCCGACCACAUCCGUGAGCUAAUUGCCAGCGCCCAGAAGAAUUCAAGUGCCAACGGGCCGGGUCUGUUGCCCUGGGCUGUUGACCACAAGGUGGACGAGGAGACGCUUGAGACACUGUUUGACUGGCCAGGUCUGGAUCUUUCCCUUCACGAUGACGGCAUAAAGGCUGUCAUAAGCGCAAGCGCAAGUGGAUACUACGUCGGCGUUGAUCUACUACUACAACAUGGAGUGCGUCUGCACGGUUCCGGCGGGUCGGCGUUGCCUUUGGCGGUGAGAAACAAGCAUAGGUGCGUGGUCUUUCGUCUACUCAGCGUACGAGCGCAUCAAAUAGAGGCCAGGCACUGCACAAGGGCGCUGCACUCGGCCAUCAAAUGGGACAACGACAUCGUCAAGUUGCUUUUAAACCACCGUGCUGAUCCCAAUGCACCGGGCGUGGGUGGGAGGACUGCACUCCAUGUAGCCACUCUCGAAGGCAAUACGGCAGUUGUCGAAGAGCUGCUACGUUGCGGAGCUCAAAUGGAAAAAGAAGACGAUCACGGCGCGAAUUCACUUGACAUCGCUGUGUUGUUGAGGCGCCGGGCGAUCCUGGGGCUGCUUAUCGACCCGAACUCGCCCCAGUCCACGAUCAAAAAAUUCUUGCCUCAUGAUUGGGCAUCCAAAGGCGAGACCGUUAUAGACAUAAGCAACUACCAGACCCCACCCCUGAUCGCCGCCGCCGAACAGGGGCUGGAAGAAAUUGCGGAGGCGCACCUUGAAGCGGGCGCGGACCCGAAUGUGCUCACGUCGGACCAAAACAACAGUCCUCUGCACGCCGCGAUCAGAGCCGGCAACGAUCGGAUCAUCACGGCCAUUCUGAACCCGCAUUACUGGGCCGACUUGAAUCUGAAAAUUAUUACAGGCCAAACGCCGCUCGCGCUGGCAGUCGAACUCGGCCAAUACAAGACAAUUGAGAAAAAAGACUCCGAGGUUGUCGACUUGCUCCUCCGGGAAGGGGCUGACCCCAACACCAAGGACGGCAACGGGCGCACACCAUUACUGGCGGUAUUGGAGGCUGAGGCGAUCGAGCAUAAUCCACUCAACGAAGUGAUUGUGGAACGCCUGCUGCAUUCCAGGGCUCGACCGGAUGAACGGAAUGCAAACAAAACGAACACUCCCUUGCACGCCGCCCUUCGGUCUGGAAAUCUGAGCAUCAUAUCGACCAUACUUGGCCAGCUUCAUGGAGCCGACAUCAACGUGACUGUGCACGAAAGACCCGCUCGGGCCGCUCCUUUGACUCCACUGGCACUCGCAGUUGAGCUCGACCAGCCGCAGAGUGUUCGACUACUGAUAAUAGCAGGAGCAAUCCCGGACGCAGAGGCUAAGUAUGGCAGCCUGUUGCAUGCCGCAGCGAAACAGCGAUAUGUGAAGAUAGUCAAUCUGCUGCUCGCAGCCAAGGAGGACACAGAGGCAAAAGAUCAGGCAGAGUGCACACCCCUCCUUGCGACUUUGAUCUCUGAGCUGUCUCAUCAUCACACGGAAAACGAAGACAUCGUAGAGAGCCUCCUGCGGGCGGGAGCAGACGCGAAUGCCGCAGUGGGAGGAGGCGCCAAUGUCAGCGCCUUACACAUAGCUGUGCAGAGCGGCAAUAAGACCAUGGUCAAACUACUCAUUGAGAAUCACGCCAAUGUCGAGGUCCGAAAUAGAGAAGGCCUAACACCACUGCUCGCUAUGCUCGAUCCCUGUCGGCACCUGAGCCAGAAGCAGCGGAAGAUCUUCCGCCUCCUCCUCGCUGCCGGCGCGGACGGAAAUGCGUAUGGCGGCAAAUAUGGCACCGCCCUACAAGCGGCAGCACACCACGGAGGCAAGUCCCUAGUGGAAGAGCUUUUGCAGCACAAGCCCAAGAUCGACGUAAACGCCCUGGGCGGAUACUACGGUACCGCGCUGCAAGCCGCCGCGGUAAUCCAGGGGGGAGAAAAGGUUGUCGAACUUCUCCUUGAGCAUAAAGCCGAUCCUUCAUCGCGGGGUGGCGCAUACGGCAGUCCGCUGCUCGCUGCUUCGACGAAAGGCCACAAGAAAGUGGCUGGGCUUCUCCUUCGCCGAGGUGCCGACACCGAAGCUACGCAUUCGGAAAGCGGACUCACUGCCCUCCUUGUGGCUGUCGAACGCCGCGACAUUGACCUGGUUUCCCUACUUUUGCAACACAAAGCAAAUCUAGAGACAGUUGACAAACAAGGUCGGACGGCGCUAUUACUGGCAACCGGUGGCGGUAACACACAACUCUCCAGGGUUCUGGUAGACGGCGGGGCUAACAAAGAAGCGCGGGAGCCGAAUUCUCGUCGUACGCCGCUAUUAGUAGAGACUGAUCGGGGGAAUCGUGACGUGCUACUGUUAGAAAAGGGCGCGGAUGUCAAUGCUGUGGGGGGGGGAUAUGGAAAUGCAAUGCGGGCCGCUUUGUAUCGCCAUGAUGUUGAAGCGCAGGAGAUGAUAAAAUCUUUUGGGGGGACGGCGGAGAUAACAACGGGCUCGUGA